AUGAAGUUUCCUCGGGACUGUGGCUGCGACCGCGCCCGUGCCGGCCGCCGCCGGCCGCCCGCCCUCCGCGCCGCGCUGCUGCUGCCGCCGCCGCCGCCGCUGCUGCUGCUGCUGCUGCUGGUGCCGCGGGCCGCCGGCGGCCCGCUGCCCAACGCGGACUCCUCGGGGGAGGCCGAGCUGGAGGAGGCGGCGGAUCGGCGGGCGGCGCUGCCCAACAGCCUGAACCUGGCGCGGCUGCUGCACCACCGGGCGACACAGCUGCAGAACGAGGUGGGUACCGCUCACACGGCCGGCCCGGCCGGAGCUGCCUCCUGACAAGGUGCGACCAAACCUCUCCGUGUCUCUCCCCAGAUGUGCGAGAAGUUUACCGUCUGCCAGAACAGCGUAGAAAUCCUCCUCCACAACAACCUCAACCUCCCCAAGGUGACGAAGGAAGAUGGGUGUCUGCUCGCCGGCUUUAAUGAGGAUAAAUGCUUGAGAAAAAUCUCCAGCGGACUUUAUACAUUUCAGACAUACCUCAAAUACAUACAAGAAACUUUUAUUAGUGAACACCAAAAUGUUAAAUCGCUAUCCUAUAAUACAGAGCGCCUGGCACACAUCAUAAAACAGAUGGUGAUCAAUCCUGAAGAAGUGAUCAUCCCAGAUGCAGCUACCCAGGAAUCCCUCCACACAAAGCUGAAGUCCAUUAAGGCCUGGACAGAGAAAAUCACCAUCCAUCUCAUCCUCCGAGACUUUACUUCAUUUAUGGAGAAGACAGUGAGGGCUGUGCGCUAUUUGCAAAACACCAGGAGUUUCAGUGCUUGA